GCUUGUGCCUUGGAAAAAUCCUACCAAUAAAAAUGAAAAACUAUUUCAUUUUGAAAAACUUAUGCAGAAAAAUGUACUUAGCAGGAGCGGGCGAUUUUUGGUUUGAGGAAAGCGAAAUAAGCAAAGGGAAAAGUUUGCGAUACCGACUUCUAUGCUUUAUAUUAUUUGCUUUUUAUAUUUCUAUGACUGUAUUGGAAAUUAUUGGGGUGUUCUUCGGGGACAUGCCUAAUGAUGAAAAGAGCGAUUGUACAACGUUCGCUGUGAGCCAUAUUAUAGUUCUGUGCAAGAUGUUGUCAGUCAUCCUGAAUAGGAAGCGCGUCAAGGAAUUGAACAAGAAAUUGGUAGAGAUUUGCAAAGACCACGAAGACGAACAUCGAGUGGCUGAGAAUUACAGAAUUAUGAAAAUUAACGCGGUGGCAUACGCGGUGUUUGUUUAUGGUACAUUUGUUCUCUUUAUAUUUGAAGGCAUUCGGAAGAUGAUGACAGGAUCCCACUUCAUAACAAUUGUGACAUACUGGCCAUUUUACGAAGAUAAUUCCUCCAUUGCUGUUACAUUUCGAUUCAUUACAACAGGAGUGUUGGGCGUUAUGAUGGUCCCCAUGAUAUGCAUUGACUCCUUUGCUUUAGUCACUCUGAUCAUGUACAAGUAUAAAUUUAUCACGUUGAGAUAUUAUUUGGAAGGUCUAAGGGAACAGUUUGAUAGAAACAACUAUGCAGGAAAUGAGGAAUAUGCUACAGAUCAACUGCAUUCUGGAUUGGUUGAAGGAAUCGUGAUGCAUAGUAAUCUUAUAAGGUUAUCAAAAGACAUCGACCGGUCCGUCGGCGGAGUCCUGGCGCUCCAAGUUUGCCUGAGCUCGGGUUCCGUCGUGUCGUUGAUGCUGCAGUUGGCCCUUUCAAAGGACAUAACUUUAGGCGCCCAAUUGAAAAUAAUUUUGUUUGCAGUAGCGUUAUACUUUCUACUCGCUCUUUUCCUUUGCAAUGCUGGUGAAAUAACGUAUCAGGCAUCUCUUCUGUCCGACUCAAUCUUCUACUGUGGCUGGCACGCCAGCUCCAUGCGACGUGACCUACGCCGACUAGUGCUAUUCUCAUGCGCGGCGGCGCAGCGACCAAUCGUCAUGAAGGCCUUCAAUAUGCUACACCUCACUUAUGGCACCUUUAUACAGGUUGUAAGAGGCACAUAUUCGGUGUUCGCCCUAAUUUAUGCUCAAAACGAGUCUACGGCCGAAUAA